AUGUCCACCGCCCGAAACCAGGAUGUCCCUCUCAAAGAGCCCAGUCUCUUGCCUUUCCCUCAAGGCAAAUUAACCGUAGAACAUCGAAAGCAACUCAUAGUCAUCCGGGCUUGCUUGAUCUCUUGGCUCAUAGCCCGGUCAGAUGUUGAUGACAAUGUUCCCAAUGCUAGUAACAACUUGGAGAAAGCUACAGAAGAGCUGAGUAAACUACAAGUACAAGCACCGUUUGCGUUUACGCCAUCCCCAACAUAUAUAUUCCGCUCGGUGCUGUUGUCCUGCAUCAAAUGCUACUGGAUUGCUCUCGUUGAGUCCCUUGAUACACCCGAGAAAGAUGAAUUAGCGGCUCGCUUGUCACUGGUACCACCAUACGGGCAGAGGAUUCCCAAAUUGAACGGAAAGAAGUGCGUCGAUGCUCCCGCAGACCUAAAUGAAAAGGAAUACGAGGGUUUGAUGAGAGUGUUGACACUUGUCAUCGUGGAUUUGACAUCUGACGAUGUCAUGAAGAUGUGGAGGGAACUUGCUGAAGUGGGUGUUCAGACUUGGGAGGAAAGUGAUUAA